AACCAACAGCUUAGCUUAUAUCCUUCACCCUCCAUUUCCCUCAACUUUGCCACACAAUUUCUCAUAUCCUCCAAGAAUGGCUCAAGCUAUGGCUUCAAUGGCUGGCCUGCGUGGCUCUUCUCAAGCCGUCCUGGAGGGCAGCCUUCACUCCACCACCCGCUUGAUCACCCCCAACACUGCCAGAAUUGCCUUGCCCAGACCAGGGUUCAGCGUCCGAGCCCAGCACCAGAACUCAGCCGACACUGAGACAAGCCGCCGAGCCAUGCUUGGACUCGUUGCAGCAGGGAUAGCCUCAGGAUCCUUUGUCCAAGCCGUCCUCGCUGAAGCCAAGCCAAUCAAGAUUGGUCCACCACCUCCACCCUCCGGUGGACUCCCGGGAACUUUGAACUCUGACGAAGCAAGAGACCUGCAGCUGCCCCUGAAAGACCGGUUUUUCCUUCAGCCCAAGACGCCAACUGAGGCUGCAGCAAGGGUGAAGGAGUCUGCCAAAGAAAUUAAGGGCGUGAAGUCGCUGAUUGACAAGAAGGCUUGGCCUUACGUCCAAAAUGACCUCCGUCUAAGGGCAGAAUACCUCCGUUACGACCUCAAGACCGUCAUCUCUGCCAAGCCUAAAGAAGAGAAGCAACCCCUACAAGACCUCACUGGGAAGCUCCUCCAGGACAUCAGCAAUCUGGACCAUGCAGCAAAGAUCAAGAGCACCCCCGAGGCAGAAAAGUACUAUGCCGAAACUGUGGCUACACUGGAUGAUGUUCUCUCCAAGCUUGGCUAGAAAUUACUAUGUACAAUGUUGUUGUAAGCUUUCAUUUUGAGUGAAUGAGAUGCUCUUUUUACAUGCAAUUUCAAGAACUUUCCUCUGUUUUCUCAAA